GACUUCAAACGAAGCAUACUUUCGCUUUCUCAAGUUUUCUACGGAACAGAAAGUCGGUGAAAACUGCGCAGGAAGAGAAACAAACUACUGUAAACUUUGCUAUCUCUCACGACACAAUACACGAACAACAGAGUAUGGCUGGAGAGCCUGAUGAGCCAGCUGAACUUGUGUGGGAAGAAGAGAAGCUGAGUGGAGAUGAAACAGACGCCAAGCCUGACCGCAAAGGAAGGUUUCUGCUGUUUGGGAGUAAGAAGAAUAAGGAUGGCCAGACGCGGGAGCAGGACUACUCUUCUGAAAGCCAUUACAGAAUUGUUUCACCAACAUUCCAGUAUAAGAUGAGCCACCAGCGAGUGGGCAAGUGUAUCAUCAUCAACAACAAAAACUUUGAUGAGAAGACAGGGAUGAAUGUACGCAACGGCACAGACCGAGACGCCGGUGAGCUGUUCAAAUGCUUCAAGAGCCUUGGCUUCGAUGUCUUCAUCUACAAUGAUCAGACAUGUGAGAAGAUGGAGCGUCUUCUCAGAGAGGCCUCGGAGGAAGACCAUAGUGACAGCUCGUGUUUCGCCUGUAUCCUGCUAAGCCACGGUGAGGAGGGCAUGAUCUACGGAACAGACGGCGCCAUGCCCAUCAAGACCAUGACCUCAUUGUUCAGGGGGGACAUGUGCAAAAGCUUAGUCGGGAAGCCAAAACUCUUCUUCAUCCAGGCUUGUCGGGGUUCCGAAUUUGAUGAUGGUAUACAGACAGAUUCAGGUCCGCCAAACGAUACCCUGGAGACAGAUGCUAAUCCAAGACAUAAGAUCCCUGUAGAGGCAGAUUUCCUGUUUGCCUACUCCACUGUGCCAGGGUAUUACUCAUGGCGGAACCCUGGGCGAGGCUCCUGGUUUGUCCAGGCGCUCUGCAAUGUCCUCAAUGAGUUUGGCAAACAGCUGGAGAUAAUGCAGAUCCUGACGCGGGUCAACUACAUGGUGGCCACCAGCUUCGAGUCCUGGUCUGAAGACCCACGCUUCAGUGAGAAGAAGCAGAUUCCCUGCGUGGUCUCUAUGCUGACGAAAGAACUCUAUUUCAACUGACCGUCUACUGUAAGACACCACAUGACUGACUGACGGACUCGACUGACUGUUUCAGGUACCGACUACGCGGUCAAAACAUUCAGGGAUGAUUCAGGCCCAGCAGGACAUUGCACAUUUGGAGCACAUAUGACAUUUUGCAUGUGUAGUUGGGCCCGAAAACAAGCACUCCGUGAGAAAAAAAAAAAAUUUUACAGUGGCACUCCUCGUUCAUGUGUUGAUGGUGAAACUUCUUCCUCUUCAGGUUAUUCUUCAGAAUAAUGGCGUCACAUUAGAUCUGAUCUUUUUUUUGACAGGCAUUGUGAAAUAUCCAUGUAAUUCUACCAGCCCGGAAAAUUUGCUGCCAGUUUUUGUGGGUUUGGGGAAUCAUAUCUGAAUAUGUGUCUACCCAUUUUCCAGUUUAGCAACAGUUUAUUUUAAUCACAGUCAUACACAGCACAAUGUACUGUAUAUAGUGAAAUUUGAUCUUAAAUUGAACCCAUCUCCUCAGCACUGGGAGCAGUGAACAAACUCCAGUUCUAAGCCAGUGCUUUGAUCAAGGCCUAAAAUACAUGCUUUUGAUGGUGGAGUAAACUGGAGCAUCUGGAGGAAUCACAAUGUUUACAUGCAAACUCCACACAGAAAGAUCCUGCUCCAGCCGGUGACAGUGCAAACCACUGAGCCACUGCACUGCCCGUCACUGUGCUGCCCCGAAGAUUUUGAAAGGAACUGUAUAGAGUGGACAGGAGUCUUUGGGCUAAACUUGACUCUUGGAUUUAUCACGGGAUUGUGAGGAGGACUCCUGGUUGGGCCGAGGCAAAGAGGUUCUGACCAACUGAUAAUAAUUGACAUUUGGUGUUCUGAGAGAAGAUUCUCCAGAAACAGAUCAAAAACAUGUCUAAUGCAGUCUUGUAGAGUGUGCAAUACUCUGUCACCAUUAAAACUAAUUGGAACCCAGAUGACAGUCCAUCCAUCCAUUUUCCACUCUGAGGUCAGAACACGGUGGCAGCCGGCUAAGAAAGGUAGUCCAGAAGUCCCUUGCUCCAGCACAUUUUCCCAAGUCGUUCCCAGGCCAGAUAAGAUGUAUAAUCCCUCCAGCGUGUUCUGGGGCUACCCCAUGAUCUCCUACCGGUUGCUCGUACCUGGAAAACCUCCAAGGGGAGGCGCCCAGGAGGCAUUCUGAUGAGAUGCCCGAACCACCUCAGCUGGCUCCUUUCGAUACGAAGGAGCAGUGUCUCUAUUCCACGCUCCCCACCAUAUCUGUAAGGGUGAAGCCAGCCACCCUUUGGAGGAAACUCAUUCCGGCCAUUUGUAUCCACAGUCUCAUUCUUCUCACUACCCAAAGCUUGUGUCCAUCGGUGAGGGUUGGAACAUAGAUGAGCUGGUGAAUCGAAAGCCAACGCUGCACCAAUCCGCCUGUCCACCACACUCUGUUUGUGACAGGUGACAGUUGAAUGUUUUAAAAGCCUGCACAAAUCAAUCUUAUCCUUAUUUAUCUAAUAUGAUUUAGUCAAAACAGUCCAUGUGUGGGCUCUUUUGAGAUGCACUAGUCAGCCUAUGAAAAUCCCCACUAAAAAAACUGAAUAGAGUGAUUAGAUACCCUUUGAUUGCCAUAGGAGAAAUGUGUGGUUAGAAGGGAAAAAAAGCAUCUGGAAAAUGGAUCAGAUCAUUUUCAGCUAUCAGUGUUUGAAUGUUUUCAGCUGUCAAUUGUCAAAAAAAAAAAAGCGACAAAAGAAAAAGACAACACUUCUCUGAGCAGAAACAUGUGCUUUUUGCCAAAGGCUCAGUGUCUCAGCCUUCCUAGCAAGUUUAAGUUGGUAGCAGCAUGCUGGCAUCCUCAGGUUCUUUAAUGUCCCAUGAAGUGGGUAAAUGUCAUGUUAAAGAAUGUCAUAUACUGUAAGUACGGCUAGGAAGGUGUGAUCUUUUGCUGUGUAGUGAUUAGUUCUAUGAGAUUUUGGGCCAUAGUUCAUAGUCCACUCCCAUGAAAGUAAGGAUUAUUUGCAAUUUGCCAGUUUUCUCAGCUUGAUGUUAAGGACUUCACUUGCUUGUUGUUCAGAGUAAGUGAAGUUCAUGUAUUUGCACAUGAUCAAAAUCACACACCUGUCUUAUUAGUGAGGGUCCAACAAGUCAGUUUAUGAAUUUCCCUUUAAAGUUAGACAUUCCUCUUAAGUACCUUUAAUAUAUCAUAGGAUGCAUGCUGUAGGAUUUUUACACCAGAAAGAGAACUUAAGAAUGUCAAAAACUGCAUCAGAAGUUUGGGAAAUGUCAUAUCGUAAAGCUGGACUCGGGCCCAAAGCACAAAUACCACAUCAUUUCACUGUAUAUUAGUGUUGUACAUUGUCAUUACACACACUACACUGUAAGAAGUACCCAGCAAGUCUUCCUAUUUUUAUUUUUAAAAUUGAUUUAGAAAGAUUUAAAAGCACAAAUCCUAAAAAAGGAAAGAAAUAUAGAAAUUGCUGUUACACAUCAUUUUAAGCACUUAGUGCUUAGUUUAAAAAAAAAAUAUUGUAAUAAUUCAGUUAACAGAUUACCAUUGAGUUACAUUGUAAAAUGUUAAAUCUUUUAUAUAAUAGACAUUUGCUGAUGGUCUUUACAACUUACACAAAGUUUGUUUCUGCACAUUCGCUGUGUUAUCGUCCCAAAGUCUGUCAAAUCACAGAGGCAGCUAUUACUGGUGGUGACAAGUCUGAUCACACAAUCCACAUGUCCGCAAUACACACUCUCAUUGUUGCUGCAAUGUUUUUGCAUUAUUCACAUGGUUGCAUGUGUCGGUAACUUUGGGGAAAAGUUCAGCAAUAGCUUUAAUUUGUCAUAUUUUCCCCUCUUCACUCUUUGUAUUUUUUUUAAUCAGUUUUUUUUAUUUUGAUAACACUUUUACAUGAUAUUUAUAGUUACAUGAAGUGUGAUCAGUACUGCCUUAAGUUCUACACCCACUUGUUGCACUUGUCCAACACAGCCACAACUCUCGACACAUGGAUCUCUGAUCAGUGAUGUGGUGCCCAACCUGUGCUGAAAGGAGUGUUUGCUCCACUUGUUUUGGAAUGGAAUUGAAGGAGGGAAAAAUGUAUUUUGAAGGGUAAAAUUUUAAAUGCUUUCCGGUGUUAAAUGCUGUUGUCCUCAGGAAUAUAUUUGAAAAGAUUUGGAAAAAAUGAAUGAAUGAAUUACAUUGAAAGUAUAAUCUGGCCCAAUUUUUUUAUUUUUAUUUGGGGCAAUACCUUGUUUAAAUAACUGCAAAACAGAGGAAUGCUUAUGUAAACAUUUUAUUGUAUUAAACAUAAAGAAUUUACUGUG